AUUGUAUGUGUACUUAAAUAGUACUAGUGAAAAGUUCCUCUCUUCCCUGCUUUCUACUUCUGCUUUCAUCAAUAGAAAAACUCUGUCAUUUCUGAGACCCUUUUUCCUGUUUUUGAGGUUCCUUUCGCCGCCUUUCUGAUUCGGCCGCGCACCUGCAGAUAUUAAUUCCACUGCAUUUAAGUUGGCUUAUUUUGAAUUGGUUGUGGUUUCAGAGAUUUUUGUUACAGCAAUUAUUUCUGAGCUGCAUUAAUUUCCCCUAUUACUACUCCUUUAGCUGUGAUCCCUCACCCUCUGUCUGUCAAUUCUUGUUUUGGAGCAUUUAUCUUAGGAAUUUUUUAAUCUCUUCUUUACUCUGUUUCACUAGUUGUUUUCUUCCUACCCUUUUCUCUGUUUCUCUGUGUAUACAAAGGAGGAGUAUAUAUUUGCUUCUUUUACAAGAGAUCUGGUUCAACAAACAGACAUCUCAAUACACGAUCUGCCAGAAUUUAGACAAGUCUUGUUUUCAAUCGAAGAGAAUGUAUUCUGAGAAGCAAGGAGAAGAAGCAAUUGUCUCAAACUUUAAUGAAACUGAUCAUCAAGAUGGAGAAGUUGAGAAAUCAGAAGAUCAGUCCAUUUUCAGUGUCAAAAGUCUCCUUUGGCAUGGUGGUUCUGUUUGGGAUGCUUGGUUUAGUUGUGCUUCUAAUCAAGUAGCUCAAGUGUUGUUGACACUACCAUAUUCUUUUUCUCAACUUGGUAUGGCAUCAGGAAUAGUGCUACAAGUUUUCUAUGGUAUUGUUGGGAGCUGGACUGCAUACCUUAUCAGUGUUCUUUACAUAGAGUACAGAAGUAGAAAAGAAAAAGAAGGUGUUAGCUUCAAGAAUCAUGUCAUUCAGUGGUUUGAAGUGCUAGAUGGACUAUUGGGUCCUUACUGGAAAGCAGUGGGGCUUGCCUUCAACUGUACGUUCCUUUUGUUUGGAUCUGUCAUUCAACUUAUUGCUUGCGCAAGUAACAUAUAUUAUAUCAAUGACCAUUUAGACAAGAGGACAUGGACAUACAUAUUUGGAGCUUGUUGUGCUACCACUGUUUUUAUUCCUUCUUUCCAUAACUAUCGGAUUUGGUCUUUCCUUGGCCUUGGUAUGACCACUUACACUGCAUGGUACUUAACUAUUGCUGCUGUUGUUCAUGGCCAGGUUGAAAAUGUACAACACUCUGCUCCAGCAAAGCUUGUGCUGUAUUUCACUGGUGCCACCAAUAUUCUUUACACCUUUGGUGGACAUGCUGUUACUGUGGAAAUUAUGCAUGCAAUGUGGAAACCCCAGAAGUUCAAAUACAUUUACUUAAUAGCCACACUCUACGUUUUCACCUUAACCAUUCCAUCAGCUUCAGCUGUGUACUGGGCAUUUGGUGAUCAACUUUUAAACCACAGUAACGCAUUUUCACUUCUGCCCAAAGACGGAUGGCGCGACGCUGCUGUAAUCUUGAUGUUAAUCCACCAGUUUAUCACAUUUGGAUUUGCAUGUACGCCAUUGUACUUUGUGUGGGAGAAGGUGCUAGGGAUGCAUGACACUAAAAGUAUAUGCUUAAGGGCAUUGGUUAGGUUGCCUGUGGUGAUACCUAUAUGGUUUUUGGCUAUUAUUUUCCCAUUUUUUGGCCCCAUUAAUUCUGCAGUUGGGGCUCUUCUGGUUAGUUUCACAGUCUACAUCAUUCCAGCUCUUGCCCAUAUGCUCACUUAUAGAACAGCUUCUGCUCGACAGAAUGCGGCGGAGAAGCCACCAUCUUUCAUGCCAAGCUGGACUGUAAUGUAUGUCAUUAACAUAUUUGUAGUGGGUUGGUGUUUAGUCGUUGGAUUUGGAUUUGGAGGAUGGGCUAGCAUGACCAAUUUCAUCAAACAAGUUGAUACAUUUGGCCUUUUUGCAAAGUGUUACCAAUGCAAACCUGCAGUUCCUCCACCAAGUCUACCACCACAUCCGGCGCCUAACGCCACCGUGCACCACUAGGAACGCUGACUUAGAUCCGCCACGUCAAUCGGUCGGAGAAGUCAACAGUCAAGCUGUUCUUCGAAUAUUUUUGUAUUAUAUAGCAAAUAGUAACCCCACACCUGUGUUUCUAAAAUUUCAUUUUCUUUUCAUUUGUUACUGUUUCGAUUUUUUUCUUACCAUGUUGGAUAAGAUAAUGUGUUGACUAUAAUUAAUUGCUAUCAAAUGAUAGGCUAAUUAAAUCAAUAUAUGUUAGUUUUCAGUUCUUUUA